UUCAUUUCAGUUCUUUCCUUAUCGUUCUUCUGUCAAAACACAUUCUAUGUCUAACCAUUACCAUAUACUACUUAUAUAUAAAUAGACCACACCACAGUAUCACUUAAUUUAUAUGAAAGAUUUGAAAUAAAUCGUAAUUUUUAUUUUGUUUAAACUAACAUUUUAAAACUAAACUGAAAUUUUCUAUUAGUUACAGAUCUACUCUAUUAAUCAAAGCAAGAAUAAUGGGCCAUAAUUUUUUAAAAUAAAUUCCUUUCUAACUGUACAUUUCUAUGUUAUGUCAAUAACUGUAGUGACUAAACUGAAUGAUAUUUCUGGUUAUCUGAUGACAUAUACAUACAGUGUGUACAAUUAUAAAAUAAUUGUCAUGUCCAAAAUGUAAGUCUACACAAUCUUUAUCAUUUAACUGAUCCAAAAGAGAAGUAUUCCAAGUAGAUGCUCAUUAUGAUGCGUUUACAGACAAGAAUACACAGUGGCGGAAGUGACUAUCAUUUUUUUCUGUCUGACAAAGAUUUGAUUGAGUUGAUGACUAGUAAUGAAAGGUUUGGAUAAAUUUAUUGACAUAAUCUAUUUUUUGCCAUAAAUAUAGGAAGAAAAAGUUAAGAAAAUACUUUCCAGAUGCUGUAUACAGGAAAAUAUGAUUAUUUCUGAAAGUAUCUGUAAUGUCAAUAUGGAUUCCGAUCAACCUAAUGAAUGUGGAGAUCUUCAUGAUCCAGUCAAUCACCAGAAGAAAGAGAAAGAAUGAAAACAAACUCCCUCCACCUAGGAUAAAGUCGAGGAGUUGGACAUUACAAGAGUCAGAUUGUGAAGUACAAAUAACUAGUGAUUUAUGUAUGUUUUUCACCACUUGUACAAACAAACCUAUUUUGUAUACAGCUGGUAAUAAUAAAUCAUCUUUAAAUAUGAAAUAUAUUUAUCCUAACAAUUCAUCCAACUUACCGUCAAUUCCCUGUACUAUUGUUUAA